ACUACCACUACUAACCAUCAAUCGUCUGAAGACAACCUUUCAUUGUUUGCAUUCAAAGAGGAUUGGGGUGAAGGCAAUGAAGGAUCAUAUAAACCCAAACUUUGUGUACUUGAUCUUACUACUGAAUCUGUUACUAUUGCUCCAAUCGAUGAAAAUAAGUAUAAUCUAGCUUCCACUGAACCGUCAUGGAGUCCAGAUGAUAAUGGGAUUGUAUUUGUUGGUUAUCCUUUGCAAGCUUAUAAUCUUGGAUUAAUCUAUUGUAUUCAACGUCCAUCUCAACUUUAUUUUUGGGAUAUAA